UGCGGUCGGUGCCAGCACGUCCUGUUGUCGUUGGCUGCGUUGGGAUGGCUUCCUCUGCUGUCUCUGCUACCAGUUCUUAGUGCUAAGUCUUCGCCUGACGCGCCGAGGGUAGCGGGUCUUUCUCCUUUGUCCCUUUCGCUUGCGAGUCGUCCUCACGGACGCGGCUUUCCUGCAGUCGGCAGAAUGGGCAGGGAGUCGCGAACGAAGCUGCCUGGGACUCGAAGCCAUUAUCGGAAACGAUCAGCAUCUCGGGGACGUUCUGGAAGUAGAUCUAGAAGUCGCUCACCUUCAGAUAAAAGAAGUAAACGUGGAGAUGACAGACGAUCUAGAAGCAGAGACAGAGAUAGAAGGAGAGAGAGGUCUCGGAGCAGAGAUAAAAGAAGAUCUCGGUCAAGGGACAGAAAGCGUCUCCGGUAA